AGCGUUUGAAACUCGAGGCCGGGCACUUGUCAACGACAAAUCCAAAUCGACGUCGAUUCAUUGGCAAGCAUGGCGGCUUCCCAGUUGUACUCGAUCAUUUUCAAACAAGAGCAAGCCCAUGAAGACAGCAUAUGGAGUUGCGCAUGGCGACAGAAUGAGAGAGACAGAUCAGAAAAUAUUGUCACUGGAGGAAUUGAUGACAUGGUCAAGAUAUGGAGAUGGUCGGACGAUAAACUGGAUCUGAGACAUGAGUUAGAAGGUCACCAGCUUGGAGUUGUCUCCGUAGAUUUGAAUCAGGCUGGGACUUUGGCUGCGUCCAGCAGUCUUGACAGCCAUGUCCGAGUCUGGGAUGUGGAGACGGGCAAGUGUAUCAAGAGUAUGGAUGCUGGGCCAGUUGAUGCGUGGACGCUGGCUUUCUCCCCCAACUCCCAGUUCCUAGCAUCAGGCAGUCACAGCGGGAAAAUUAACAUGUUUGGUGUGGACACCGGGAGGAAGGAACAGUCGCUGGACACGAGGGGGAAGUUCACUCUUAGUCUCGCAUUUAGUCCUGAUGGCCGACACAUUGCAUGUGGAGCUAUAGACGGGAUUAUAAACGUGUUUGACAUCGAGUCAGGCAAACUCAUACACACACUCGAAGGUCACGCUAUGCCAAUCAGAUCGCUGUGUUUCUCCCCCGACUCGCAACUCCUGGUGACGGGAUCUGACGACAACCAGAUCAAAAUAUAUGAUGUCCAGCAUGCAAACUUAGCAGGAACACUCUCAGGCCAUGGAUCCUGGGUGUUGAGUGUUGACUUCUGUCCAGACAACACCCACUUUGUCUCAAGUUCAUCAGAUAAGACGGUAAAGAUCUGGAACGCUGGAUCCCGGCAGUGCGUACACACAUUCUACGACCAUACAGACCAGGUGUGGGGAGCCAGGUACAACCACGACGGAUCAAAGAUCGUGUCGGUGUCUGAUGACAAGGCAAUACAUGUGUAUGACUCUCCUCUAAUGUCAGGCUGAUUGGAAAAAAUUCACUUCAUAUCACUGUCUGUUACAUAUAUUUUGUUAAACAUUUUAAUGUAAAUAUAUUUUUUUCAAUUUUGGAUGUAUGUUAGAUUUAUCUCCCUUUAAGAUGUUUAAUUAACUAUGAGCAAUUUAAAAGCUCAAAUUUUCCUCAAGAUUCUUAAUGUAUGGGUAUGUUUUGGAAUAUGCCAUCCAUUCAUUAAUUGCAAAUUGAUAUUCCUGAAGGAUCUUUUUAAAAAUAGAGACAUGUCACAGCAAGCAAGUGUUUAUUCUAAUAUAAAGGUCCAGGGGCCUGUUUGUUUAUGCGGAACAACCAAUUUGACUGUUUUUAAAUUUAACACUUCUAGGUAUAAAUUUUGGUUCAAGGCUUUGUCAAGGCCCGCCUGAAAGCAGCAUAAGAUUAUUAGGUCCUACCGUAUUUUAUAAACGAACAUCUCUGGCCCAACGGACCAACCUUUUGGUAGUUCAAUUCUCAAUUAGCUAAAUGAAUUUGUUAAGGAUACUUGUUCCAGUGCAGGAACAACAUGAGUCAGUAACCUGCCAUUGGCAUUGUCCUGGAUGUAACUGUAGUGGGACUUAGCCAUGAACCUACUGCUGAUCAGGUAGCCAAGUCUGUUAGAGUUGCUGAAUUGUAAUCGAAGGUCCAUGGUAUGAAUACCAGACGGGCACCAAUGUAUCUUCACAUCCAGAACACAAUUGAUUUUUGAAAUUUCAAGUUUUUUUUUUAUUAAGAACAGGCAGCAGGCCAAAAUGACUGGUUCAUGUCAGGUUUUAGACCAGAGUUGAUGAACUAAAACCUUGAUGUUUUAUAAUUGAUCAUGAUAAAGUUAAACAUGUAAGAUACAUUUGAAUUUUCUGAUUUAUAUGUCUUGUAAUUCUAUCAUCUCUAGAUGAAGUUAUUAUAUGGGGAAAAAACAAGAAAAGGAAAGGAUUUGUGGCAAUGACAAAGUUUAUAAACACUGUUAAUUAAAAUAAUAAUGUAGAAAAAUGUUAAAUUUAUCAAAGACUGAGUUUGCAAAAGCUAAUUGAUGAUUUCCAUUCUUUUGUGAAAUUUCUGCAAAUCAAGUUUUUUUCUAGUAUUUAUAUAUUUUCACUUUAUCUCUCAAUUAGAUAAACCCUUGUUGAAUUAAAACUAUCUUACAAAUUUUACUGAAUUAAACUAGGGAUGAUACAUGCUACAUUCAAGUAUUUAAGCUAAACCAUUAUUAUGAUCAUUAGUAUUAAAUUGUCUGCGUUUCUAAACAGGAGAUUAUUUUGAAUAUUAUGUGGAUCUUAUCUGUAAAAAAUCAUACAGAGCUACUUGUGUAUGUAGCCCUUCUAUCCUCAGAUUGACCAAAAAGCAACAUCAUUUUAAUACAUGUAUGUGUAUGUUAUAAAUGUUAUGUGUAUGUGAUAACCUUUCUGAAGGAAGUUCAGACAAAAGAUGGGGAGAAAAGUUGAUGUGUAUUUCUCCUUCUGUUAUUGAAUUUACAUUUGGUCCCAAAGUCCAUUUUUGUUCAUAAUAUUAAAACAGGGCAAACAAAUUACAAAUAAGAUUUUCAAUGAGUAAAUACUGAAACAGAUGCUUAAGAACUUGUGUUAUUUGAUUAAAAAAAAAAUAUUAAUAAAUUUGAGUAUAAACAUGUAUCAAUAUAUACUAUCUUUGAUCUGGCUUGUGUGAAUGGUUAUAAAACUAAGGUUGAAACCUGUUGUUCGAAUCUGAUCAACUCAUUGAGUUAUUUACGCAAAUUUUCAAAAUGUAUUUUUUUUUUAAUAUCUUAAAAUUCACCAAUAUUAUAAUGGGGAUAAUUUAUUCUGAUCCCUAUACAGUCAGGAUUAUUGCUGAAUUGCAACAGGGUUUUUUCAAAACAAAUUAUGAACUUUUUUUGUUCUAGUUAAUCUUUCAAAGUUGCCUUAUUAGUUUGGACCUUUGACCUGAAUUCUUCGUCUGAAUAAUUUGGACUUUGAAGCUGAAAUAAUCAUUUUUCUGACGUGUUAUUUUAACACAUUGUGAGUACUUGUACAUAGAGAGAGAUUAUUAUUGAGAGUAUAAAAGAAGUGAGUUUGUUGUACAGAAUGAAUGUGGCUUGUACUGAUUAGGAACAUGAAUAAAUUCAUCAACUAUGAAUGUUG